AUGAGGUUCUCACAACUAGUCACUGCCUUGCCCUUAUUGUUCCGAAGCGUGAAUGCGAACCAGUACCGGGACGGCUGGGCAGGACCGGAAGACCAGACAAAGUGGUCCAACCCCACCUGUAGCCCGAACGUCGUGGAUGUUGAUGUCGCCAUCAUUGGUGGUGGUUCCAGUGGUAUCCACGCCGCAAUACAAUUGAAGGACGCCGGCGCCAGCGUUGUGGUCAUUGAGAAGAAGGACCAGAUCGGCGGCCACGCAGAAACGUACACCAACCCUACCACCGGCAUCGUCACUAACGUUGGUGUUAUCGUUUUUGAGAACACAGAUCUGGUCAAGCGGUACUUCGCCCGCCUCAGAGUGCCCAUUAUCACGAACACCCUGGAAACCCCAAGCACAAGAUAUGACUUCGCCUUGGGAAUUCCUAUCCCGCCCCCGGAUGACCAGCAGGAGGUCAUUCAAGCUGCCGUGCAAGCUUACACCGAGAAUGUGCUGAGCAAGUACGGAUGGAUCGACCAGGGCUUUUUGGUCCCGGACCCCGUUCCCGAGGAGUUGUAUCUGCCCUUCCCACAGCUUGCAGAGAAUUACAACUUUUCUGCUCUCGUUCCUAUUGUUGCGGAAAUCAACUGGUAUACGGGCAACAUCACGACACUCCCGGCCCUGUACGGCAUGAAGGGCCUCGGACCAGGCAUGAUCGCCAGUAUCUUCGGCGAGUUCAUACUAUCUGGCACAGGCAACACCAGGAGCCUGUACGACGCGGCCCUGAAGGAGCUGGCCUCCAGUGUCCUCUUGAGCACCACGAUCCAUAAUGUAGACCGUCACUCCAACUCGACUGGUGUGACUCUCUUGGUUGCCCAGCGCGGAAGCGCCCCCAAGACAAUUCGUGCCCGCAAGUUGCUGACAAGAGCAGGUCAUCUUCUCCAAGUUCUCCUCCUCGGUUACUAUGCCGGCGUGGCUCAUGUCCCUGGUUUCAAUGGCUCGUUCACCAACGCCGGCGCCUUUACUCCUUUCAACCAGCCCAUCGUUCCGGGUAACAAUGGCUUCAUCGCCACCGGAUCGCCUGGCGAAUUCCUGAUCGGAGGGGGCUUCGACCGCGGAGACAUCACGGAUGAAGAAGGAAAGGACCUCGUCCGCGAGAACCUGGCCACUCUAGCGGCGGUGGGUGCUGUCCCGGCAGAUGCGGCAAAUACUGUCACAUUCCCCUACACUUCCGACCACACGCCGUAUCAUGGCUCCCGCAAUACGUACUGGACUGGCGCGGCGUUUACUGGCCACAACAGCGCUCUGGUCUGGAACUGGAAUGAGGGAACGAUUGUGCCUGGCCUGAAGAAGGACCUUGGCCUGGAAUAA